AUGACGAGUCCGCAGAGCGCAGAGCUCUGGUCGACAGAGGACCUGUACAAGAACAUCUCGGCAUAUAUCAGCCAAAACGAAGAGCACCUGGCUGACAUCUGCAAGAAGAUUCAUGAUGAUCCAGAGUUGAACUAUCGCGAGUUCCACGCCCAUGACAACAUCUGCGACCUGAUGGAAAAGCUCGGGUACCACGUCAAGCGACACACUUACGGGCUCGAAACGUCUUUCGAGGUCGAAGCUGGCCAUGGAGGACAGCUCGUCGUCUUCAAUGCCGAGUACGACGCUCUCCCGGGCAUUGGACAUGCCUGUGGGCACAACCUGAUCGCCACCAGCUCCAUCGCGGCAUUCAUUGCAACGGCCGAGGCACUCCGGGAUAGUGGGCGAGAAGGACGAGUUCGCCUGCUAGGGACACCAGCUGAAGAGGGCGGUGGUGGGAAAGUGCGCCUCAUCCGUGCAGGUGCAUAUGAGGGGGUUGAUGCUUGCUUGAUGGUCCACCCUUCAGGCCGUCUGCCUGCGAAAAUGGACGGGGUGGCUGCAGGCAAGUGUCUUGCGCGUCGACAAGUCAAGGUCACGUUUAAAGGCCAGAAUGCUCAUGCCGGAGUCAUUCCUUGGAAUGGGAAGAAUGCACUCGAUGCGGUUGUUGCGUCGUACGUCAACAUCUCGUUGCUGCGGCAGCAACUUGCUCCCACAAUUCGGGUGCAUGGAGUCAUUCGCGAAGGAGGAGCUUUCGCCGAACUUUUGGAGCUUUCGGACAAAGCAAAGGCCUGCUUCGAGGCUGGGGCUCUGGCCACUGGAUGUCAUGUUGAUUGUGCCUGGCAACUGGACAAUGACUACAAAGAUCUGAUCACAAGCCUCGGCAUCGCGCGAGAAUUCACGAAACACAUGGGUGGUUUUGGUCGUGACUACCUGGAGAAUGCGGGCGACCAGAUCAUGGGUGGCUCGACGGAUAUGGGCAACGUCACAUACGAGGUGCCUGGCUUCCACGGUGUCUUUACCAUUGGUAUCGACGACCCAGAGGUCCAACCACAUACCCCGGCAUUUGCAGCUGCAGCGGGGACCAGAGUGGCCCUUGAACGUGCUCUGGAUUGUGGCAAGGGCAUGGCAGCGACAGCCUAUGGUUUGCUUACUCGGUCGGAACUGAUGGAGGAGGUGAAGAAGGACUUUAGGGAACAAAUGAAGCCGGGAGUGAAGCUGUGA